AUUAGCUGGUGUUGGUUCUAGAAGCAGGGCAGCUUAAGAAGGUUGUACACGUGGGCAACCGCCCAUCUCCUUCUCCCUUGUAAUCCGUUGGUUUGAUUCGAUUCGCUUUCCCACUAGCCGAGCCCCAUCGAUCGUAUUCGCGUCAAGCUUCUUCUCUUCCUCUCCAAAUUUCCAACCUCUCCAUCCAUCCAUCCCGCAUCCGAUUCUUCCAACCAAUCUCAUCUUCUUCCUCCUCCUCGGCGGCUCGCCGAUUCCCCGACGGCGAUGAAGAUCACGGCGCUGCUGGUGCUCAAAUCCCCCGGCGACGGCGACUCGUCGUCGGGUGGCGGUGGCGGCGAGCAGGAGCAGGAGCAGCAGGCGGCGGUGGUGGUGGCGAACGCGACCGACGUGAGCCACUUCGGCUACUUCCAGCGCAACCCCGCCCGCGAGUUCAUCCUCUUCGUCGCCCGCACCGUCGCCGCCCGCACCCCCGCCGGCCGCCGCCAGUCUGUCCAGCACGAAGAGUACAAGGUGCAUUGCUACAACCAGAAUGGCCUCUGCGCCAUCGCCUUCACCGACGACCACUACCCCGUCAGGAGCGCCUUCUCCCUCCUCAACACGGUGCUGGAAGAGUACCACAAGACUUUUGGGGAGAGAUGGAGGACAGCAAAAACUGAUAACACCCAGCCUUGGCAAUACCUGGAUGAUGCCUUGACAAAAUACCAGGAUCCUGCAGAGGCUGACAAGUUGCUGAAAAUUCAGAGGGAUUUGGAUGAAACUAAGAUUAUUCUUCACAAGACCAUCGAUAGUGUACUUUCUAGAGGUGAAAGAUUGGAUAGCCUAGUGGAGAAGAGUUCAGAUCUAAGUGCUGCUUCACAGAUGUUCUACAAGCAGGCCAAGAAAACCAACUCUUGUUGUACAAUCCUGUAAUAGAAACUCUGGUAUAGAGUUCUGCAGUAGCACACUAUGUUGGCAUUUUCUUUGCUGCAAGUCUGCGAUUAAUGUCAUAGCAUCCUGGUGUCCGAGGUGUUAAACAAAGUUAGCGGUUAACAUAUGCCACAGGGCUACCCUACGUAAUUUUUUGUAAGUAACACAAGUGUGGUUGCCAUUGAGAUGAUCUGUGCCUGGUACUGUGUCAAAGCUAUAAUUAGUGAUGAAAUUGUGUACUGUCA